AUGGUUCUGCCCAUCAAGCUUCUCUUUGUCCCUGCCACCGUGUUCGUCUCGGCCCUCAUCAUUUUGUCCUACUUCACCAGCGUGCCGUACCUGAGCUACUCCGACCUCCCCUACUACGGGUCCUACUUCUCGCGGAUCCCGAAGUGCGACAUCUUCCAGGGCGAGUGGGUCCCGGACGCGGACACGCCGCCGCACUACACCAACGAAACGUGCUCCUACAUCCAGGAGCACCAGAACUGCAUGAAGUACGGCCGGCCGGACUUGGAGUUCCUGAGGUGGCGGUGGCAGCCGAGCCGGUGCGACCUCCCGCGGUUUGACGCCGACAAGUUCUUCCGGCUCGUCGGGAACAAGACGCUCGCGUUCGCAGGGGACUCACUCGCCAGGAACCACAUGCAGUCCCUACUCUGCCUCUUGUCCAAGGUGGCGUCGCCGGAGGAGUUGACCGAGAGGACAGACCCCAUCAAGAUAAUGCACUACGAGCGCUACAACUUCACCGUAAAAAUCAUCUGGUCUCCGUUCUUGGUGAGGACGGAGGAGCCGGACAACAACUCCGGUGUGUUCAAGCUCUACCUCGACGAGCCCGACGGCAGGUGGUUGUCCGGCGUGGCCGGGUUCGACUACGUGAUCCUCUCGGGAGCCAACUGGUUCACGCGCCAGUCCAUGUUCUACGAGAGGGGGCAGCUCGUCGGCGGCAGCUUCGUCGCGCUCAAUAUCACCAGCAACCUCACGCUGCGCUACUCCCACCGGAUGGCGUUCCGGACAGCGCUUCGGGCCAUCAACGAACACGGCAGCGUGAAGGCGAAAGUCAUCGUGCGGACGCUGUCGCCGAUGUCUCACUUCGAGGGAGGGUCGUGGGACAAGGGCGGGGACUGCCGCCGGACGCAGCCGUACCGGAGCAACGAGACGACGAUGGGUGACCUGGACCUCGACUUCUACACGGGGCAGGUGGAGGAGUUCAGGGAGGCGGAGAAAGCGGCCGCGGUGGCGGGAGUGGACAUGGUGCUCAUGGACACGACGGGCGCCAUGCUGCUGCGGCCGGACGGACACCCGAGCAGGUACGGGCACUGGCCGGAAGAGAAGCGGGUACUCGCCAACGACUGCAUCCACUGGUGUCUGCCCGGGCCGGUCGAUGCGUGGAACGACAUGUUGCUUCAAAUCAUGUCAGACUAGCAAACACACAGAGGUUUGUUACUACUUACUAGUACCUGGCUUAGUUCAGCGUCGCCUCAAUACGGAGUGUCCGUGUAAUCCAGUGGACAUGGUUGACUUGAGCCCGAGCACUGGAAUUUUGUUCCUUCAGAUCGAUCAGGCAGACGCAUUUUAUCAUAGAGUAGUUUUUUCUUCUUCUCAGGGUCAUUUUAUCUAAAAUGCUACACUUACGGAUAGCACCCACGGAUUGGACU